AUGGCUGGUUUGGAUUUAGGCACAGCAUCACGCUUUGUUCAAAAUCUACACAGACCAGAUUUCAACCUUCAGCAGCAGCAACAGCAACAACAACAAGCCGAAUCCGAGGAAGACGCGAAGCAACCAGACCCGUUUUCCGGCGAAGAUGGACCCCACCUAGCUAGCCCCGGUGACAUCGUCGGUCGCCGGCCACGUGGACGCCCGCCGGGAUCCAAGAACAAGCCGAAGCCGCCGGUGAUCAUAACGAGAGAGAGUGCCAACACGCUCCGCGCUCACAUCCUCGAAGUCGGCAACGGCUGCGACGUGUUCGACAGUGUCGCCACCUACGCGCGGCGGCGCCAGCGCGGGAUCUGUAUUCUCAGCGGAAGCGGGACCGUCACCAAUGUCACCUUGCGGCAGCCGGCGUCUGCGGGAGCCGUAGUCACACUUCACGGAAGGUUCGAGAUACUAUCUCUCACCGGAUCUUUCCUUCCUCCGCCGGCACCGCCGGGCGCCACCAGUCUUACCAUAUAUCUCGCCGGAGGACAGGGACAAGUGGUGGGUGGGAGUGUGGUGGGUGAGUUGACCGCUGCUGGACCCGUGAUUGUGAUCGCAGCUUCGUUCACGAACGUGGCUUAUGAGCGGUUACCUUUGGAGGAGGAAGAACAAGUUCAGCUGCAGCCACAGGGGGUUGGUGGUGGUGGUGGAGCUGUAGGGAAUAAUAACCCUUUUCCUGACCCUUCUUCAGGAUUACCUUUCUUCAAUUUUCCACUCUCUAUGCAGAAUGUUCAGUUGCCUGUUGAUGGUUGGGCGGGAAACUCGGCUACACGUUCACCAUUUUGA